GGCCUAUUAUCAAUAUAAGUAAAACAUGUAUUGCUCGUAAUCUUCACCUUGUCAUUAAAACUAAAACCCACAAAAGUGAAAGUCAUCGACAUUGCCAAACGAGGAUAGCUAACUAGUAUGUUGACGGCAGCAGCAUUGAAAAGCAGAUUUAUUGUGUGAUUUUCUUCGAAUCGGGUGAAAUGACACCAAGAAGAAGCAGCCGCUACAAGGGCGUCCCUCGUCGCAAACAUCGCCAUCUUUAAUCAGACACAACAACAGCCCCACUUUAGCGAGUCACCUAGGGGAUCAACACUAUAUGAUGAACUGAGUUGGAGGAAUAAUAUAGACGAAUCUAGGCCAUUAUCGUUUGCAGCGUUCGUGUACCUUUUGACGAGUCUGGCCAAAUUUGGAGUGAAAAGUACUGCAAACUUCCCUACACUUCACCAUGGGAGCAGAUAAAAGAUUAGGUCGCAGUGAACGUAGCGGGAGAUAUGGUUCUGAUGGGGGUCGUGAGGACGCAGAGUGGCGUGAGAGACGGGACAGAGAUCCAGAAAGGGAGUAUGAUCGGCGCUGGGGAGAUGAAAGACAAAGAGAUCGAUAUGAAGAUCGCAGAGACAGAGAAAGCCCAGAGAGGGGGAGAAAGCGACAUAACAGUGAUAGAUCGGAAGAUGGUUAUCACUCUGAUGGUGAUUACCAGGACCAGGACCCCGACUACAGGAUGGAGCAAGAGGAGGAGAGCAAGACUAUCAUGCUCAGGGGCCUGUCCCUCAACGUCAUAGAGGAGGAUAUCCGGGUUGCCCUGGAGCAGCUGCAGGGACCCCAGCCUGUGGACAUCCGUCUGAUGAAGAAGAGAACAGGUAUAAGCCGAGGUUUCGCCUUCGUGGAGUUUUAUCACUUGCAAGAUGCUACCCGAUGGAUGGAGACCAAUCAGAACCAGUUGGUGAUCCAGGGGAAGAACAUAGCCUGUCACUACAGCAAUCGGAAACACAAGUUUGAAAACUGGCUGUGCAACUCUUGCGGCCUGUACAAUUUCCGGAAGAGGCUGAAGUGCUUCAGGUGUGGAGCAGUCAAAGUUGAGGGAGAGUCUGCUGGACCCAGUGGUGUCAACACAGAGCCUCAACACACUGGAGAUUUCUAUGGAGACACUAUCAUUCUGAGGAACAUCGCCCCCCUGAGCAGCGUUGAGGCUAUCCUGACCAUGCUGGCUCCCUACGCCCACCUUUCGGCCGGCAACAUCCGUCUCAUCAAAGACAAGCAGACCGGACAGAACCGAGGCUUUGCCUUCGUGCAGCUCUCUUCUCCACUCGAGGCCUCCCAGCUUCUCACCAUUCUCCAGGGCCUACAGCCUCCUCUCAAACUGGACGGGAAGACCAUCGGUGUAGACUACGCCAAGAGUGCCAGGAAAGACCUGUUGACGCCAGAUGGGAGCAGAGUCAGUGCCUUCUCUGUUGCAAGCACCGCCAUCGCUGCUGCCCAGUGGUCCUCCAGCCAGCUUCAGCAGGGACUGGGUGCAACCACAGAGUAUGGUGCCCUGCAGGAGGGCUACAGACAGUACUCACAGAACUACCAGCCAUGGCCCCAGCUGGAAGGACUGGCCACUACUUCUCUUGGGGAUGGAAUAUUAGGAGCUGCCCCAGGAGUGAAGACUUUGAUCCCUUCAGUUGCAGGGGUGGUUGUGUCCCAGACCGCCCAAGUCUACCAGCCUCACAUCCUCACUCAGACAGCACUGCAGCAGUCUCACCCGCUGCUAGGUCACCUAGACGUCCUGGUUCCCUCCUCAGCCCUGGGUGCAGCUGCACCCUCUCUGGCUGCCAGCGCUGCUCCCAGUGCUGCUCCCACUGACAAAACCCACGUUGUUCCUGACAUCUCUACCUACCAGUAUGAUGAGGCGUCAGGGUACUACUAUGACCCACAGACUGGUCUGUACUAUGAUUCCAACAGCCAGUAUUACUACAACUCCCAGACUCAGCAGUACCUGUACUGGGACAGUGAGCAACAGGCGUACGUCCCAGCCCCAGCAGCAGCAGCCCCAGCAGAGGGCAGCUCAGAGCAGGCUGCUGCCUCCACCUCCACAGCUCAGGCCUCCACCACACCUGGGAAAGAGGCCAAGGACAAGAAGGACAAGCCCAAGAGCAAGUCUGCACAGCAGAUUGCUAAAGACAUGGAGCGCUGGGCAAAGAGUCUGAACAAGCAGAAGGAGAGCUUCAAGAGCAGCUUCCAGACCUUGCAGGGCAGGGAGGAGGAGAGGAGGGAAUCUGCUGCGGCCGACGCUGGCUUCACCCUGUUCGAGAAGCAUGGUGCAGGGUUUGAGGCCCAGCCCCUGAUGCUGCCCCCUGAGCAGGUGAAGAGUGCAGAACUGGUCAUCCCAGCCAAGAGUGGCCUGGUGGCAGCCUACAGCGGGGACAGUGACCCCGAGGAGGCGGCGGCCGCGGCGUCCUUUGAGCGCUCGGAGGAAGGAAGUGACAAGCUGAUGGACUGGAACAAGAUGGCCUGCCUGCUCUGCCGACGACAGUUCCCCAACAAAGAGGCCUUGCUGCGCCACCAACAGCUCUCUGACUUGCACAAGCAAAACAUGGAGAUUCACAGACGAUCGAAACUAUCAGAGGCGGAACUUGAGGAAUUGGAGAGGAAGGAGACGGAGCUGAAGUAUCGAGACAGGGCUGCUGAACGAAGGGAAAAAUAUGGAGUUCCUGAACCUCCAGCACCAAAGAAGAAGAAAUUCUAUCAGCCUCCCACCCCAACUGUGAACUAUGAGCAGCCCACGAAAGAUGGCCUCACGAGUGACAACAUCGGCAACAAGAUGCUGCAGGCCAUGGGCUGGCAGGAGGGCAAGGGCCUGGGGCGCAACCAGCAGGGCAUCACAGCACCCAUCUCGGCCUCGUUAAGGACAAAGGGUACAGGCUUGGGCAUCAAAGGGAGCUCCUAUGAACUCUCAGCAUCUGACACCUACAAGGAUGCUGUUCGCAAGGCCAUGUUUGCACGCUUUACUGAAAUAGAGUAAACGAUCUACCUAAUUUGUCACAAUAUGAACAAUACGAGAUACAUUGUUUAUUGAAUAUAAUUUACUGCUGCCUUGUGUUUAUUACAGAUGUUUCGUUAAAAUGGAAUAUCCUCCAAUUCGGUAUAUUUUUGGUUAAUGAAAAGCUCCAGGUUUUAUUGGGGGGGGGGUUAGUGGGGUGAGAAACUGUGAUGUUGAAGGUAUCUGACAGAUCUGUUCCUAGGCCAAACUAUUCAUGACAUAUAGUACGAAUGUGUCAUGCAUUUUUUUUUUUUACAUGAUGAAAUGCUUUCUAGCAAUUUCUUGAGAAUGUACAGUGUGUAUAGUUUUUGUUGUUGUACAGAAUAGGAAUGGUGUCUCUGCUGUGUUUGUCUUUGAGAGAUAAAAUAAAACAUAAAUAAAACUUGGA